AUGAAGAAGCCUAUCAACAAAAUCUGGUUAGCUUUCUCAACAUUCAUGUUCAUUUGGUUAUUACUUCUCUAUUCUUUCUCAAUCUUGAAAACCAAGUUCAUAAGCGAAAACAAAGUUUAUCAGAACGUCGUCCAUCGCGAAAAAUCCUCCAAUUGCUCCGGUCGAUAUAUCUACAUUCACAAUCUUCCAACCCAAUUCAACGUCGACAUUCUUAAGAAUUGCACAACUUUAUUUAAAUGGUUCAAUAUGUGCAAAUCAAUUUCAAACAUGGGUCUUGGCAAAAAAACAUCUCACAAGAAUUGGUACGCUACAAAUCAAUUCAAUCUAGAGAUUAUUUUUCAUAAUAGAAUGAAUCAAUAUGAAUGUCUAACCAAGAAUUCUUCAUUAGCCACCGCCAUUUACGUUCCCUACUACGCUGGAUUCGACGUGGGUAGAUUUCUAUUCAGAAAAACAGACAUCUCUGUUCGUGAUAAAAACGUUGUUGAUUUAGUAAAUUGGUUAACUAAACAACCAGAAUGGAAAAAAAUGUCUGGAUUAGACCAUUUCUUAAUAAGUGGAAGAGUAACAUGGGAUUACCGACGACAAUCUGAUGAACAAUCAAGCUGGGGAAACAAACUAUUUCUCACGCCAGAAAUUCGUAACAUGACAGCUUUGAUUAUCGAAAAAGACCCAUUUGAUAACAAACUCGAAGUAGCAAUUCCAUACCCAUCUUAUUUCCAUCCAUCAAAUUCAAUUGAAAUCAAAAAAUGGCAAAAUGAAGUUAAAAAAAUGAAAAAAAAAUUCCUCUUCUCCUUCAUCGGUUCGCCACGUCCAAAAGAUAAUAAGUCAAAUCGAGGUGAAAUCAUUAACCAAUGUUUAAAAAGCCGGCGUUGUAAUUUACUAGACUGUAAAAACAACAAAUGUGAUGAUCCAUUAUUAGUUAUAAAAGCUUUUGGAAAAUCGAAAUUCUGUUUACAACCUGCGGGAGAUACAUAUACUAGAAGAUCAACUUUUGAUGCAAUACUUGCUGGUUGUGUGCCGGUUUUCUUUCAUCGGAGAUCGGCUUAUGGUCAGUAUGUUUGGCAUUUACCUAAGAAUUAUACAAAGUAUUCUGUGAUUAUAAAUGAGAAUGAAGUGAAAGAAGGAAAAGUGAAUAUUGAAAAGGUGUUGGGGAAGAUAUCGAAGAUGGAGGUGAUGGCUAUGAGAGAGGAAGUGGUGAAGUUGAUACCUAAAUUGCUUUAUGUUAAUCCGAUGAAGAAGGUGGAGAAAGGAUUGGAAGAUGCGUUUGAGAUUGCUGUUAAAGGGGUUUUAGAGAGAAUUAAGGAGAGACAGAAAAAAAUUAUUUGAA